GUGUCUACUUGAUCAUUCUCCUGAGAUCCCGCACUUUUGCUGCCACACAUCACAGGGGUUGAGGAGCCGGUUUCCUGCUGAUGACUGAUAGCUACUUCGAGGCUGCAGAUAGAAAUAUUCGAGCCAUGGAAUCAGAGCCAAUCAAAGUUGCAGCCCUUGGAAGACCUCUGUUUCCUGGUAUGCUGUAUGACUGCCGCAAGGAUUCCUUCAUUCCAGGUGUUACUCUGUGGGAUAAGGAAUCAUUGACUGAAGAUUUGGACAGUCGUCAGCAGCUCAUGACAGAUUUGAAGUUCAGUAGCUUUGACUCUCUCUCUAGUAAGUCAGAUCUCAUGGAUAUAAGUGCCUCCCUGAAGCUCAGCUUCCUGGGGGGGGGGGGGCUGGUGGAGGUAGGAGGAUCUGCCAAAUACCUGCAUGACACCAAAUCCUCACACAAUCAGUCCCGAGUUACAAUGUAUUAUAGUGAUACCUCCAGAUUUGAACAGCUCACUAUGACCCAGCUUAGCCAGAUCACCUACCCUCAGGUGUUUGACCAGAAAACUGCAACUCAUGUGGUCACAGCUGUUCUGUACGGAGCCCAGGCCUUCAUGGUGUUUGAUCAGAUGUCUUCAGAAGAUGAAAGCAAGCAGGACAUUGAGGGAAAACUGAAUGUCAUGGUCAAGAAGAUUCCAGGGUUUUCUAUUGAGGGAGAAGGAUCUGUAAAACUGACGGAUGUUGAAAAGAAAACUGCUGAGAAAAUCACCUGCACGUUUCAUGGUGACUUUCAUCUUGAGCAGAACCCCACCACAUACAUGGAGGCCCUGGAUUUGUACAAGAAGCUCCCAACUCUGCUGAAGGGGAAUCCACAGAAUGCAGUUCCAAUAAAUGUCUGGCUUUAUCCUCUUAAUUUAUUGGACACAAAAGCCGCUCAGUUAGUGAGAGAAAUCAGCACAAGUCUGGUUUCCAAAACUGAACGUAUAAUGGAGGAGCUGGGAGACGUAGAGAGGACAUGCAAUGACCUGUCCAAAAGAACAGAGGUAAAUGUUUUCAGUGACAUUGAAGAGAGGCUGCACUCAUUUCAGGACUCAUUUAGCAUUUACAAGACAGUGCUCCAGAAAGCAGUGGCAAAGGUCUUGCCUGCUGUUCGAGAAGGUGGGAAGGAGGAACAGUCACUGGCAGACAUCCGGAAGAUCCACUACAGCUCCCCUUUUAAUGCUCACAAGCUUAACCAGUGGUUAAAUGAUGCAAAGUCUGAAUGUAACAUCUUGAGUUCUCACACCAAGAAGCUAGAGCAGAUCAGGAUUGAAGACUCUGAUGGUCUGAACACCAUCCUCCUUGAUCCUGAUAUUGAUGUUGUGGUGUGCUUGACCUUCACAUCUUUGAAGUAUGAAGACCCGUAUCUUUCAACCCUGAAUGAGUUCCUGAAAUCUGAUGAGUUUAAAGAGUUAGAUGGAAACAAAAAUGAGCUUGAGGCAUCUGACAGAAAAUGGUUCAAUGAUCCUGAUGUAAUACAAAAGAUGAUAGAGAACUUGUCUAUCUUCAGAGGCUUUUCAGAAGCCAAUAAAGAUAAGAAGGGAAUCAGCUUCAUUAUUUCAGCUGUCUCUGAUCCCUCGCAUCAAGGCUCCUCUUUCUAUUUGUACGAAAAAGGGAAUCUGACAGACACACAGUUCCAGCCCGUGUCCAAGCCGCCCCCACCGAUAGUGAAUAAUGUCCUGGAACAUACUGUGUCCCUGAUACUGCAGGAGUCUCCAAGUGGAGUAACAGUGCAGUACAGAGUAGAGUACAAGCAGGUAAAAGCUGAGGAGAGGGAACAGUGGCUUUUCAUAAACACAGCUGAUGAAGACUUUACUCUGACUGGAUUGGAACCUGGAAAGCAGUACUUGAUCCGCUACAGGAUAGUGGGUAGAGUGGGAGUGAGUGAAGCCAGUGAUACUGUCAGCAACGUACCAUCUUCAGCACAAGAUGUGAUUGUGGGUGGGAACGGAGGUAAUGAAUUCUCCUUUAAGCCCUUUUACAGAAACAUUUCGGAGAUCACCAUAACUUACGACGGGGUGUCUCUGAACACAAUCCAGGUGAUUUUAAACACUGGCCAAAUGGUGAAAGUCGGUGAUGUAGCAGGAUCUAAACAACAAAAACUUGUCCUUGAUGAAAAUGAUAAAAUUGUUGCUGCAACACUGUGGCCAAAUAUUAAUAAUAACAGAUGUGGGGGUCUGGAAUUUGUGGUUGUCAAAAUCAGUGGUGAAAGAAAGACAUUAUCUGUUAAGUGUGAUCGCCUGGGUGAGGCUGUGAGUGUUGAUGUGAAGUCUGGAAGGUGUUAUGGCAUUAUGUGAAGAAGCGGAUCUGAAAUUGAUGCUCUGGGUUUCUACUUCAUUUAGCCUCCAGCUAUACACAUCUGUUGCUGACAGUAUCCAAAUAUCUGAACAUCUAAAAUAAUGGCAUCUAAACAGCAUCAUAUACUCAUA